AUGGCGUCCACGCCGCCGCUGCGGGACCGCCUGAGCUUCCUGCACCGGCUCCCGGUUCUCCUGAAGGGAACGUCGGACGAUGAUGUCCCGUGUCCGGGCUACUUGUUUGAGGAGAUCGCCAAAAUCUCACACGAGUCCCUGGGCAGCAGCCAGUGCCUCCUGGAGUACCUUCUGAACCGUCUGCACAGCGGCUCUGGCCGAGUGAAGCUGAAGGUGCUGAAGAUCCUGCUCCACCUGUGUGGUCACGGCUCCUCCUCGUCCUUACUCAUCCUCAAACGCAACCCUGCCUUCAUCCAGGAAGCCGCAGUUUUCUCGGGGCCCCCAGAUCCUCUCCACGGCAACAGCUUGUACCAGAAGGUGCGGGCGGCCGCCCAGGACUUGGGGAGCGCCUUGUUCUCGGACAACUUGUCGCCCCCGCCUCCCUCCCAGCCACCCAGGGCCCUGCCUCCGGCAGGCAUGGGCUCCGAGUCCAGGCCCCAGGGCGCCCUCCAGGGCUUCGGCUACAGCAAGGAACGGGGCCCCACAGGCUCUGCGGGAGAAGCCUUCCUCUCCACCAUCCAGAAGGCCGCAGAGGUGGUGGCCAAUGCUGUGCGCCCCGGGCCCGAGAGCCCCGGCACCCGGAGGCCCCUCCCGCGGGGUGACGCCUACCAGCCCGCCAUGACGCCCACAGCCAGCCGUGGUUGCCCCAGUGCCGGGAAGCCGCUCCCCGGAGCUCUCCCAGGCGCCCGAGGAAGCGUCACGAGACCCCAGCCCGGGCAGGCAGGAGGGGGUUGGGACGAGCCAGACAGCGGCUCCAGCUCCCAGAAUUCAUCCCGGGGGAGCGGUGACCCAGGCAAGGUCUCAGACUCAGGCAGUCGGUCGGGCAGCGACAGCCCCUCAGCGGCUAGCCAGGCACCCAGCGACCUGGCAGAGCGGGUGGAGGCUGUGACCCUGAGCGACUGCCAGCAGGAGCAGAGCCUGGUCCAGACUGUGACACGGGGGCCGCGUGCCUUUCUGAGCCGAGAGGAGGCUCAGUGCUUCAUCAAAGAGUGUGGGCUGCUUAACUGUGAGGCGGUCCUGGAACUGCUGACCCGCCGUCUGGACGGGACCAGCGAGUGUGUACAGAUGAGGGCCCUGGGCGCCAUCGCGUCCCUGGGCUGCACCGACCUGCUCUCCCAGGAGCACAUCCUGCUCCUCGCCCGGCCGCGGCUGCAGGAGCUCAGCGCGGGCAGCCCUGGACCCGUGACCAACAAGGCCACCAAGAUCCUGAGGCACUUUGAAGCCUCCUGCCGACAGCGGCCCCCCGCCCAGAGGCCCCCGGUCGAGCUGGGCCCUGUUGCCGGCCGCGGGGGCCCAGCCGACCUGCUGACCGACGCCGUGCCCUUCUCCGGGAGCCACGCCUUCCUGCAGCCGCUGAGUUCCGCCCUCUUCCCGCCCCAGGGCCCUGCGCACCCCCUUCCCCCCGAUGGCUCCCCGCUCUCAGUCCCCAGGGAGGCCGAGGCCGGCCUGGUGGGUUCCAGAGAGGAGGGGGCCGGACCCGAGUGGAGCCCGCCGGGCACGGGCUCCCCAAAGGGAGCGCCGGAACUUUGCCCAGGGCCCGGGGGCUGCAGCUCCUUGUUUGCUGGCAUGGAGCUGGUGGCCUGUCCCCGCCUGCUGGGGGCCGGGCCCGCCACAGAAGAGGCCCCCCAGGCCCCCUGGACGCCACCACAGAGGGCAGCAGCAGCAGGAGCCCCUCCCGGCCCGGAACCUUCUGCUUUCCCUUUCCUAAACUCGUGA